GAAACGAAGAGAAGACGUGUGACCAGAGCUUGCGACUAUUGUCGACUCAAAAAAGUGAAGUGCGAUGGUAGACAACCAUGUAUACAUUGCACAGUUUACUCGUUCAACUGUUCAUAUGACCGGCCGAAUACUAGAAAUCGGAAGGGGUACACGCCGCGGCCUAGUGUUCCACAGUCCACUGCGUUGCUACAACUGAUUGCGAUAAACAAACAACCGUCUGCAAGUACAGUCAACGAAAACUUGAUUCUCAGUCAAAAUAUAUUGAACUCGCUAUUUCCAGCCGUUGGAUUCAAUUUCUUGGAUGAUACACCUCAAGAGUUCGAUUUCAAAAAGUUUCAGAGAAUCAUUUCUCAGUUGCAGGUGAAAAAUCUGUCAAACUUGAAUGUUUACGAAAUAAGCGACAUGUAUUUGAGGGAACCUGGAGUGUCCCCAUCACCUGUGCCCCAUUAUGGCUCUCAGCAGAGCACGACUCCUGACGAGCUGAUCUGUGCAGAGAUUAGAAUAUUAUUGCCUCCGAAAGAAGCUGCCCUCCAACUAAUUUAUACGACCUGGAACAAGGCUUGCGUUCUUUUUCGAUUUUAUCAUCGCCCAUCUUUGCUUCAAGAAGUGGACUUGCUAUACAGCCUUGAUGUGCUGCAAUAUACUGACAGACAGCAAAAGUUUUUACCAUUCAUGUACUCCCUCUUAGCAUGUGGAUCCCUUUUUUCAAAAAGUUCUGACAGAAAAGUCAACAAUGAGUCUCUCGAAGAUGAAGGAUUCAAAUAUUUUUUGGAAGCACGAAAACUCAUCGACAUCACUAAUGUCAGUGACAUUCCUUCGAUACAGACAAUCGUGAUGAUGAUUAUUUACCUCCAAUGUUCCGCGCGUCUCUCCACAUGCUAUUCAUACAUAGGUAUAGCUCUCAGAAGUGCUUUAAAAGAAGGACUUCACAGGAAUCUUGAAGUUUUUCACUCACGCAGAAAACUCGACCCAAUUGAAAUCGACACCCGCAAAAGGUUGUUUUACACAAUUUAUAAGAUGGACAUAUAUAUCAAUUCGCUUCUAGGUCUACCCGGGUCUAUAUAUGAGGACGAAUUUGAUCAAGAGUUUCCCUUAGAACUCGAUGAUGAGCUUAUAACGAGAGAGGCAUUUAUCGUGGAGAAGCAGAAUGGGAGAUUAUCUUCUUCAGCUUGUGCAAAUCACCAUACGAAGUUGACAAUGUUGCUUUCUCGCAUAGUCAAAGAGUUAUAUCCAAUCAAAGUCAAGCCUAAAGCGGGAGCUCAGCAACCAUUACCUAAUAUCCAUGACACAGUUACGAAACUCGAGUUCGACUUGAAAAAUUGGAUGGCAAAUCUUCCUUUGGAGUUACGGCCGACGGAUCCAAGUAACUUUACAGGUGAUUCCCACAUACCUGAUCGCUUUAAAUUGGCUAAUUACUAUCUACAUGUCGCGUUCUUGAAUUGCCAGAUAAGCUUAUAUCGGCCAUUCAUCCAUUAUAUCAGUAACGGUAACCAGUCUAAAAAUGCUGAUCCACGAUCUUUGAUUAGGGGCAGAAAUUGCAUCAAAGUGGCAAGAUUGGUGGUGAAAUUAGCGAACAAAAUGAUUGAUCAAAAUCUCUUGGUCGGAACGUACUGGUUCUCAAUGUACACGAUAUUUUUUUCGAUUGCUUGUUUGGCAUAUUACUUCCACUUUGCCAAUUACAAUAACCUGGACAAAAACCUAGACGGUGUCAAUUAUGCUGGUGUCUAUUUUGAUGACGAUUUAAAUAUAGACAUGAUCAGGAACGAUAUUGAAAUCGGAAAGAAAGUUUUGGACAAUAUGAAAAGUAUGUCACAUUCUUCUGAAAGAAUUUACAAUAUCUUGAACAAAUUGUUUGAGCAGUUAAAUCGCAAGACAGCCACUAGCUCUAUGAAGAGUGAUGGUAGUGUUCCUAAUUUCGACACGAGCAAUGAUGCGAUGGUUCAAAUGAGCAUUGCAAAUUUCGACAUGAUCAAUCAAUUUGAUGUUAAUGGAGAGACCUCGACUCAAGGUGAGAAUACAGGGAACGUUACAAACCCACAAGUUCCCAUGACUAGUCUUUUUGAUUUUGCUCCAGAAAAACAGACACCAGCGGAUGAAAAAAUUCCGAAAGAUGUUCCUGUCGAGACAGAAUUGAGAGCCGAUGUCCCAUAUAAUACGGAAUUCAAGGUACAAAAUACUGAGACUUGCUCGAGGCCAGUGCAAGAGCAAAGUCGAGAUUCUCUUUCUGGCGCUGAGAAUAACGAGAAUAGGUUCCUUGAUGAGUUUAUUCAACCUGCAGUUGAUUACAUCCCGGGUGUAAUUGAUGCUCUUGAUACUCAAAUAUUUGGACGCCUACUUCCACCAUACAUGCUCGAAGAGAGCAUCAAGCAAGCA